UACGCCCACGCCUCCCCCCCUUUCCACUCACGCACUUUGCGUCUACAUUGUCAUCACCCCCUCUUUCCCCCGAACCAUCCCAACCUACGAUCCAUGUCCACUGUCUCUCGUCAUCUCACGCUUUUUCUCUGUUUUCUAAGUCUCAUACAUUGCACUUUUCCGUGAUGUAACUAUUUGUAAUUUGAUCGUUUGCGGAUCGUUAAAUUGCAGGCAAACCGUUGUGUGUAGCGCAGCGGGUAGAGGGUAGAUGUACUUUUCGUUAGUCAUUUCUUGCCUGCAGAUAACUUGGUUUAGGAUUUUGGGUUCUCUGACUGCGACGGAAUUCGAUUUGUGCGUGACUUGGUUGUGAAGCAAUGGGCCGGAGAGGAUCGUGAUUCUGCAGGUGUGCGAUCGGAUUGUGGGUUGGCUACAUGAAUCGGCGUAGAGACACAAUUGGUGCUCAGCUGCAGUUGUAUGCUGAGACAUAUUGAACUUGGGUAGAAGGAUGGUUGGCCAGGCAAGCCUUUUCGUGGGGUCAAAUCGAGUGGAGAGGGAGCCUGAGGUGACAUGGGAUGCUCAGAUCCGGGCGAACAAGUUGGAGCUCUUCACGAGCAAGUACUACGCAGCAUGUGCGGUGGGCGGCAUGAUCUCCGCUGGCUCUGUUCAUCUUCUCAUCACCCCAUUGGACAUGCUCAAGGUUAAUAUGCAGGCGAAUCCUUUGAAAUACAGAUCUAUAAUGUCGGGGUUCGGCAUUGUUUACCGUGAGCAAGGAAUAGGCGGCAUCUGGAAAGGCUGGAGCAGCAAGCUAUUUGGUUAUGGUGCACAAGGUGCUUGCAAAUUUGGGUUGUAUGAGUAUUUCAAGAAAUUUUACGCUGAUUUGGCAGGUCCAGAGUUCACAAAAGAAAACAAGACUGCAAUAUUCGCCGCAGGUAGUUUGUCGGCGCAGGUCAUCGCAGACGUGGCAUUGAACCCGUUUGAAUCGGUGAAAGUGAAGGUGCAAACGGGUUAUGCCAAGGGUCUAGUUGAUGGGUUUCCUCGCUUGUAUCGUGCUGAGGGAUUAGCAGGGCUGUAUAGAGGACUUCCACUACUAUGGGGACGAAAUAUUCCAUUUUCUGUGCUCAUGUUUUCCACAUUUGAGCACUCUGUUGAUUUUCUCUACAAGAAUGUUCUUCAGAGACCCAAAAACGAUUGUUCCAGAAUUCAACAACUUGGGAUCACGUGUAUGGCUGGAUAUAUGUCUGGAGUGACGGGCACUAUCAUCUCCAACCCGGCUGACAUUUUGAUCACUACUGUCAACAAAAAUAGAAAGCUCAGUAUGGUUCAGGCUGCCAAGCGCAUUGGAGUGACGGGUCUUUUCACGAGAAGCUUGCCAUUGCGAAUCAUGAUUGUAGGGCCUAUGGCCACUGCGCAAUGGCUUUGUUACGACACCCUCAAGGUGUUGGUUGGCUUACCCACCAGUGGAGGAAUUGAGCAAUUUGUUGAAGUUGAUUAGUGCAGCAACCGACGAUAGCACAUUGACUAACGUGGUUGCUCCAGUAAUUUUUCGGGAACACUUUUAUCCUACAAUUGAAGCAUUCCAAUGUUCUAGUUCAAAAAUGUAAAGCUUCACUGAAUAACUUGCAACUCCUCAAACAAGGGUGAGCGACUGGUGUCUACUUCAGAGCAGCCUCACAACUGAAUCUGCACACAUUUAUGUUUGGAGAAGCAAGUCAGCCUCACAUCAACCUGGAAGAAAUCAAGCCGAACGAUUGUAACGAUCUGAGAGGUUUUGAUACUCAAAGCUGAUCGAUUGGCCAUCCAGACGUAAAAACACUCAUUUUGUAAAUUUUAUCGGUUGAAAUUACAGGUUAAGAAAAAUGGCUCAGAGACGUUGCUCCGCUCACAAUUUGGACAGAGUUCUAAUGAACAGUCCUUCAGAGGAAGAAAGUGUAGACAGACUUUGGUCUGUGAUUACGAGACUAUGGCUGUUGCAAUGUUUUCAUAUGGAAAGCGAUGGGUGCUAGCCGAUGGCAGCGAUCUACGCAAUGUAAUUUGUGACCCGUCAGUGGUUUAGUAAAAACACUUAGAAAGGAUUGUCAUUUAUUUUUGGAAAUUAAUGCCACUGUUUUACUGCA